UUCAUUUUCAGUGCUGUGUGGAGGGAAAAACGUUUCAUUAUAUUUAGCUGUUUUGUUCACGCCAACAACAUGAAGAUCAUUCAGCUUCAGCUCUAUGUCUUAAUCAGUUUUCAAGCUGCAGUGUCAGAUCUACAAACUGAUUUGGGAUCAAAUGUGACCAUAAACUGUGAAUUUGAUGAAGAUGAGGUUUAUUGGAUUUCACUGAAAACAGCAGAUCCUCCAACACUGAUUCUUCGAUCAAUGUCAACUACACCAUCUCCUUUUUACUUUAAUAAUACAUUUAGAAAUAAAUAUUCAGUGCAGUUUAAACAUCGUCUGGUAAUAAAUAAUGUGACUGUUGAUGAAUUAGGAGUUUAUUAUUGUAUGAACACAGAUACACCUCCAAAACUCAGCAACAGUACCAGAAUAUACAUCACUGAAUCAGCUCAACUAGCUGAGUGUCACAAUCAAACAGUGGUGGAUCAAACACAAUGGCAGAUUAUUAGCAUCAUAUCUGCUUUGAUGAAUGGACUUCUGCUCAUUGUACUGAUUGGAGUAGUAAAAGUUUUUGUUGUUGGAAAAAGAAGGUCUGUAGAACAAUCACAACAACUCAACACUGAUCUACAGCAGAUCCAAGUUACAGAACAACAUCAGGACCCAAACCAUUUACAGUAUGCCGAGGUGAAUUUUUCCAAGCUGCGGAGAAAUUUUCGGUCUAGCCAAGUCAACACCACCUAUGCUGCAUUAAAGCCACCAAAAUUAUAA